AUGGUUUGCGGAGACAUCUUGAAGAUCAUCAUUGCAAUCCUUUUACCACCUUUGGGUGUGUUUCUUGAGGUGGGAUGCUCAGGUGCCUUUUUCUUGAACAUUCUUUUGACUCUUCUUGGAUAUAUUCCAGGUAUUAUCCACGCGCUCUACAUCAUAUUAACGAGAUAG